AUGAUGCAGGAUGCAGCUGGCUUUCAGGAAGUUGAGGGCGCUGAUGGAAUGGCAACUGAGCCGGCUUCAUUGGGGAGCAGGAAACUCAAGUACGGUUCUAAGGGAAGGAAUUUACUCACCUAUUCCGACCGCGGAGAACAUGCCAUUCGACAGGGAGAUUCCGAAAUUGCUAAGGCUUGGUUUGAUCAAGCCGCUGAAUAUUGGAAACAAGCUAUAGCCCUUACCCCCGGUCUCUUUGUAUGUGUUGUCCAAAAGGAGGAGGACUCAAUGAUUAUUCGUUCGCCGGAACCAGAAGUAAAGAUUUUGGUAGAUAGAGAUCCCAUAAAAACUUCUUUCGAGAAAUGGGCAAAACCCGGUCAUUUCUCAAGAACAAUAGCUAAGGGACCGAUACUAUACUUGGAUUGGAACUACAUGCUGAUGCUCAUGAUUUCGAUAGCCAUACUAGUGAUUUAG